CGGGCAAAUGCCUCCCAAAUCAGGUUGAAGGGCCACCCUGAUCCAUUAUCAAAAAUUUCAAAUAAAAUAAAACCAAAAACAUUCCUUUUAGGAUACGGUCGAGAAAAUACCAAUACGUGCACGUUCACAAAGUUGGUUGAUUCGUACUAGGCAUUUGCUUGAUGACGAAAAGGUGUGAGUUCACCAUACAGGCUCAUAAUCACGUUUACAAUUUCUAGUUAAAUCGACAAGUACCAAUCAUAUCUAAAUGCCUUUAUGUGCUUUCUGUUCUACUCCUUGUUAUUACCUUCCCUUUCUGUAUUCCGUUUUGUCUACGUGUUUCUAAGUAAUUUUCUUCCCCAAAAAAUCCCCGUAAAAAUUAAAAUUAUUUUCCCUAGAGAAUAUGAAAGAGCUGUUGUGUUUCGAUUGGGAAGGCUUAUUAAACGUGGAACGAAAGGACCAGGGAUGUUUUUUAUUAUGCCAUGCAUUGACACGUAUAGAAUGGUAGAUUUACGAGUUCUUUCCUUCGAUGUUCCACCACAAGAAAUUCUUUCAAGAGAUUCAGUUACUGUAUCAGUAGAGGCUGUUAUAUACUUUCGUAUUUCAAAUCCAGUUAUUUCCGUUACAAAUGUAAAUGAUGCCCAAUUUAGCACAAAAUUGUUGGCACAAACAACUCUUCGGAAUGUUUUAGGCACCAAAACUCUCAGUGAAAUAUUAAUGGAAAGGGAUAUAAUAUCAAAUAUAACUGAAAAGGUGCUUGAUGAUGGAACUGAUCCUUGGGGUUUUUAAAAAA